UAAAAAAUUCCAAAAUCACAGAACGCGGUCGAUAAUACGCGUUUGUUUGUAAUCGGCGGUUGUCAUGGAAGCGCCAUCUGUUAAAAUGCCGACGUGGUUUUCUUAACGUGUUGCUGCGAUUUGUCCCUUCGCCAUGGAAUUUAAUUUGCGUCGAGUUGACUACACGCUGGUGGGCGUCACGAACAAAAGUUGUUUGAGGCUGCUACCUUCCGCAGCCCCAAGGGAACAGCAAAAGGUCGCUGUCGGAGACACCGACGGCACCUUGCAAGUGUUUACCGUGCGUAAGGACGACGUCCAAACGCAAUUCAAAACGCUUCCCGGAUCCGCGAUUACGUCGGUGCAAACUGCGGGGGCUACAGGUACCGCCGACGAGAAAAUAUUCAUCGCAAUGGGGAACGAAAUCAAAUGUUUCACGGGAAAGGGCAAACUAUUUUCGGUUUUCGACUCCGGAAUGACCGAACAAAUUACUGCGAUGUUCGUCAUCGGCAACGAAAUGCUAAUGUGUGGGAAGCACGUGUACGCACAUUUCAGGGAUCACAAAGACGUGGGCUCGUACCUCUGUGGUGACGUCAUCGUGGACGUGGUCGCGUUCUACGCGCCAAAGACAAGACGGUUGACGUCUUUGAUCGCAUGCGAGGGCCGCAUGAUCCGCGUUCUAGAACACACGAGAGUGACGUACAGCAUGGAGGUUGAAAGCUCGCCGACCGUUCUCCAUGUCUAUGACGAGGACGGUGUGAUCACGGUGCUUUUCGGAACUAUUGACGGUCGAAUCGGCAUAGUAGAUGUAGAAAAUUUGCACGGAUUCCGCCGGUGGCUUAUCGCAAACGACAAAAGCGCGAGCCCGAUUUCUUGUAUCGACAGUUACGAUCUGAGUGGGAACGGAACGAAAAACGUCAUCGCGUGCAAACAAGACGGCAACAUAGAAGUAUACCGGGUCAACGUUCACGACGAAAUGGAUGCUUCGGUGAUCGUAUUUUUGCAAAAUUGCAACGAGAUGGUGACGGGCGUACAGUGCGGCGUCGUAGCUGCAGCGGGGUACGACGAAAUCUUAGUGGCGACGUACAGCGGUCGCAUUUUCGGCCUCACGACGCAAGCCGCGGAAGUUAACGUAGACGGCGCCACCGGCGCUUACGUAUGUUCAUCCGAAACCGUACAAAAAAUUGACAAGCUCAGGGGCGAAAUCGAGGAACUACACUUGAGGGUGUCGCGGGAACGGGACAAGUACCAAAAGUCGACUUUGACCUAUUCCGAUGAAUUUUCCGCCAUACCGCCGCUAUCGGUCAACUCGUCGUUCACCUUAAACAAAAGUAACGCGACGCAUACGAUGUCGGUGGAAGUGCCUGCGGCCAUAGAGAACGUCAUGGUGCAUUGCGACGGUGGCGUGGAUUUGCUGGACGCAGAAAAAACGACGGCCAUAGUGAGUCGCGCUCAAACUACGGUUCGUAUUCAUUUUGCGGAAUCCCGCCCCCGAAAAUAUCGCCUAAGCGUUUCUCAGGACGCGGACGUUCUCUUGGCCACCUACCGGUGUCAGGUCGAUACUAAUCGCAUCGAAUUGAAAUUUCGUACGGUAGAGGGGAGAACCGGUACGCUGCUGGUAUACAUCACGCCGGUUCUGCAACCGAAAUGCAGCAAACUUUUACGGUUCGACGUAAAACCCCUAUCGUUGCACUACAGAAUUUAUAAAUUCGACCACACAGACAGACCUUACAACCAGCUCAACGUUAAAGGGUCAUUUAGUUUAGGCGAAAUGCAUAGCUGGAUAGGCCAGUGUUUGCCCGAGACACCCGAAAAGCCGGAAAUAACCGGUAACACUGUUUUGUAUUAUAAGUCGAGUUUAACGGACACCCUGUUGUCCUGUUCAUACCAAAAGGGAGAGGCGGAGUUUGAGUCGGAAAACGUGUUCACUCUUUCAGUAGUUAAAGAUUUUCUAGCGAAAAAGGCAACGGAAAAGAGAACCAAAAUCGAAUUCAAAUACGGCAUUAACGAUGAGAGCGUAAACCAUGUCAUCAAGCUAAUAGAGCCAAAGUUGCUCGGUCACCAACAAACGUUGCGCGAUUUCGCGCUGUUGGCAGCCCUGGAGGAGUUAGAAAUCACGGAAGAGGAAAAUUUAAAAUAUCUCACUCCCAAAUACCGGUGUUUACUGGACCGGAAAAGGGAUAUUAAUGACAGUUUCAAGAAUUUCCCGCAGCAGUCGGAUAUAUUAGCGGAUACUAUCGUUAAUUUGUAUUUGGAAUACAACCGAUUUAAGGGUCUGAGCGGGAAAUACAAAGCGAAAAGAAUAAGGGAAUGCUUAGACCCUUAUUCGUUCGAAAAGCUGAUCGACGUAUUUAAACCGAAUUUAGUGUACGUUUAAUCAAAUAUACGAUUUAACUCCCUUGACCUUUUUUUUAUUUCCACCUUGAAUUAUUUUUGCCAGAACCAUUGUCGUGGCCUUCGUUUAGUGCCACAAGGUCUUCGUCCAUGAGCAGUUGAAAGUCCCCCAACGCCUCUGGU